CCGUACUCGUAAGUGUUUGAGCCGCGCUCGCAAUGACGAAGAGGACGAGGACGAGGACGAGGACGAGCACCUGUCAGUGCAGCAGGCCCUCAUCAUUACGCACCAGAGCCGACGACAAGAGGGCGUUUGCAGCCUUUCAGGCGUCCAUGGGCCAUUUAUGCCUUUAAGAUUGAGAUGCUGGCGACGAGUACGACGACAAUGAGGACGGCAGGAAGUAAAGUUGUCAAAACUUCCCCUUCCUCUUCAAGUUGGUGAUGCUUCCAGCGAUUUGCGCACGUAAUGUACUUGCUCGUAUUUUGAAGAAAAGUUUCUGAUUUGGCAAUGGGUGCGGAGCAGGCUGUACGGCAAAUAGAUGGACCAGUAAAACAUACAUAGAUAGAACACACAUCAGUAUGCCGAUAUACAAAAUGGAUCGGUUACGCAAAACAUACGAAGACCCUCCCCGACCCACCCGACCUCCGCCUAAGCCUAAGAUUAAAAAGAAGCGUAAAAAAAAUGAGAAGUUGAAAAGGCGAAUUCUGAGGAAGCUGAUACGCAUCCUCGUAGGUGUGACGAGAAAGUCGGUGUUCUUUAUAAACACCAAGAGCGAAAGAAUACGUUAUGCGACAAUAAUCGAGACACGGGCAGCGCUACGUGAGUUUGCCGCAUAUCUGAUCUUUCUCGUUUUGGCUACCAUUGUCACACAGACGUACGUACAUCAAAGCAUGUAUUAUUCAAAUGAUACGAGUAACCAACUGUUGAGUCUGCGCAAGAAACUGAUAAAGCCGAGUGUAUUUUUCGAAUAUAACCGCAUAAAUAGCAUCAAUGCCUUCUGGAUAUUCAUGAUGACCACAUUCUUUGAGAUUUUUGAACAUAACGACUUCAACCCAAACGACAGAGCCAACAUUUAUAACUUCACCAACGAGACCACCACAUUUUCCAACAUCUAUGGUGAUGUCUUCAAUCGCACACUUCUUCAUGGCAAUAUACUACUCGGCGCCCCUCGCCUACGUCAGAUUCGGGUGGCGAGAGGUCUCUGUGUUCCCAAUGUUGCCCUCGGUAAAUAUCUGCCCGAUUGCUUUGCGCCCUAUUCCUGGUUUAACGAGGACAGGUCAGACUAUAGAGGAAUACCCUUUACGAGCCUUACUACGGCAUGGACGACACCUAUCUGGGAUGAAAUUGAUAUUUAUUUGGGCGCAGGCUAUGUGUUCGACUUUACUUACGAUCAGGAUGAGAAUAGGCGCCUUGCAAUGAUGCUCAAUAAAACGAACUGGUUGGAUGCAGGAUCUCGCUUAAUCCUUCUCGAGUACACGCUCUUUCAUGUCAAUUCCCGGCUCUUUCAGAGCGUCAAAUUUUUGUUGGAGUGCCCACCCACGGGGGGCAUAUUACCCCAGACUCGGUUUCGUAACUUGCGCUACGAUUGCUUCUUCACGGAUCCCAGUUGGAAAGUGUUUACAGCUGUAAUUUUCUAUUAUAUUUUGGUUGGACUUCGGACCAAAAGUGAAAUCAUCAUAUUGAGAGAUGUUGGUUUCAAAACGUAUCGUAAAAAUCUUGUGAAUGCCAUGGAUGGGUCUGUUUGUAUUCUGUCCUAUGUAAUGGUGGUGUACCAUGUGCUUCACCUUUUCUAUAUGAAGAAAUUGACGAACGCUGUCAAGAGCACAGAUGAAUUUAUAACCAUAGAUUGGGGCGUUUUCUGGAACAUACAAUACGCCAAUAUCGCGGCUACCGUUGUAUUUCUAGCUUGGAUGCGACUUUUGCAUUUCAUUGCCUUCAAUCGUACGAUGGUGAUUUUUGUGAAUGUUCUGAAAGCGUGCGCCAACGAUCUAUUUGGAUAUUUUUUGAUGAUCACAGCUGUGUUACUGGCUUAUGCGCAAUACGGUAUGCUGCUUUUUGGGGCCAAACAUCGAUAUUUUCGGAACUAUGUCGCCGCAUUCAUGAACAUGAUUCGGUGGAUACUUUGUGACUUCGAUUAUCGCCGUCUGGAUAAUGCCAAUUCAGUAAUAGCCCCCAUCUAUUGUGUGUCAUACAUUCUGUCUGUCUAUGUUAUAUUGUUGCACGUUUUUCUGGCAAUUAUCAAUGCCACUUAUGAUAUGGUGAAGCGUGAUUUGAAAACGAAACCGCAAAAAUUAGGCGCUGUUUUUAAGAUUUGGAUGUGGAAUAUUUUCGAUUUCUUUUAUUUGAUAUGUAAGCGCAAGAAACGUCCGCCGAAUCCUAGCCGAACCUUUACAAAUGAGGAUCCAUACGAAACCGAUCAGCGUAUCGAUCCACGGGAGGCGGCUAGGGCGGCUAUAGCGCGAAAAAUUGCGGAGCGCAACGAGCCGGGUCUUCCCAUGCACAUUUAUGUGCCGGCACGCAUAAGUCGCGCUGAUCUCCAAUUGGACCUGUUUUUUGAGUUAUUGGGACACUUGACGCAUCGAUUCAAUAAAAUGGAAGAGCGCCUAACUGAGAAUAUUGAAGAACUAAAAAUUCAGCGCAAGGAGAGGGUUGACAGUUUAGGUCGCAUUCCACGUUAAUUUCGAACUCAUAUAUCUAAUUUAUACGUAUAAUUGAAUACUCGAAUUAUAUUGAUUACGAUCCAUUUGUCAAA